GCAUCAUAUAACUCUUUGAUCUCUCCAUCAGCUUCUCCUCCUCUUUAUUGCUACAAUUCGUGUUCUCUUCCAAUUUGCUGAAACAUGGAAGAGCUCGAGUCCAGCAACGUCGGAGAUAUCAAGACCUAUUCUCAAAAGGCCAGUACCAUCCGCAAGAACGGUUACAUCGUCAUCAAGAGCCGUCCAUGCAAAGUGGUUGAGGUUUCAACUUCUGAGACUAAUGAGCACGGUCAUGCCAACUGUCACUUUGUUGCAAUUGAUAUUUUUACUUCUGAGAAGCACGAAGAUACUGUUCCCACUUCCCACAUUUGUGAUGUUCGUCAUGUUCCACGGGUGAAUCAAACUCACUACCCGUUGCUUGAUAUCUCGGAAGAUGGCUUUGUCAGCGUUCUUACAGAAAAUGGUACCACUAAAGAUGAUCUCAAGCUCCCAACAGAAGAACCUCUGCUCACACAAGUUACUUUUCUUCUCAAGGCUGGAUUUGAGGAGGAAAAAGAUAUCGUCAUCUUUGUGAUGUCAGUCAUGGGAGAGGAGAGAAUAUUUGCCCUGGAGGAAGUUGGUACAAAGGGUGCACUAUCAGCAUGAGAGAGUCUAAAAUGAGAACUCCAACAUAUAUUUUGUAGGUUUUAAGUGAAAACACCUUUAUGCAGAACCUGUACAAUGAAGUAACUUUGUCUAAUCAUUUCUGUAUUGGUUGGUAAUGUAAACAAUCACCAUAUUAAUUUAUAAGUUUUUGUUUGGAAAUAUUUUUUGAAUUAAAUGAAAAGUUUGAUGGUUGUUCUUCAAGUU